GAGGACGAGGGAAGGAGCACGGGCGGGGUGUGGGACAAACACACACGCGCGCGUACGCGCACAUUCUGAAGACCGUGGCAGAGCAGCAAGAGGAGAUUCAACGGCAACCUUCUUCAUCGACUUCCUCCAUCAAGCUCUCACACGUCUGCUUUCAAGGGGGAGGGGGAAGCAUUACAGGACCUCGGAGAGCGACCAUGGCACCAGUGACGCUGGAGGAUGGAGCGCAGCCUGUGGCGGUCCCGGGAGGUGUCGCGGCGGCAAGCGUCUUCGGCUUGAUCUUCACCGCGUCGGCCUUUGCGUGGAUCUGCUGCCAGCGCAAAAACACCAAAGGCCAGAAGACGCCCCCGUACAAGUUUGUGCACAUGCUCAAAGGUGUCGACAUUUAUCCGGAAAGCCUCGGCGGCAAAAAGAAGUUUGCCCCCGCUACCGGCGUGACAACCAAUAAAGUCGGUCAAACGGACGUUAACGGGAACUGCCGGGGCGCCGCGACGCCCGUGGAUAGUCCCGAGCUGGCGUCGAGCCCGGGUGGCUCCAGAUCGGCGCUACAUCUGGACCUGGAGCAACUGGACCUCAACGGAAACUUCCCCACCAAACCCUCUCACCAGGUCAAGGUGCGGCGCUCGCCCGACUUGGAGCCCGGCACGACGGACCGCCGGGAACCCCCCUCGCCGUCCAUCUCCAGCCACGCUCCGACCCCGGCCACGGACGAGAGAGAGGGGAGGCUCGGAACCCUCCGCUUUGCCCUUGAGUAUCACGUGGAGAAGAAGGCCUUCAUCGUCCACAUUCAGGAAGCCCGUGACCUGAGCCCAACCGAUGAGCAAUCCUUGACGUCAGACCCCUACAUCAAGCUGACCCUGCUGCCUGAGAAGAAGCACCGAGUCAAGACCAGAGUGCUAAGGAAGACUCUGGACCCGACUUUUGACGAAACCUUCAGCUUUUACGGGAUCUCCUUGCCCAGUGUGUCCAAACUGGCUCUCCAGUUUAUGGUGCUCAGCUUUGACAGGUUCUCCCGGGACGAAAUCAUCGGCGAGACCCUCGUCCCGCUCUCGGGAAUCGACCUGUCCGAAGGCCGCGUGCUGAUGAGCAGGGAGAUCAUCAAGAGGAACGUCAAGAAGUCUUGGGGCCGAGGCGAGCUGCUGCUGUCCUUGUGUUACCAAUCCGCCACCAACACUCUGACCGUGGUGGUCCUCAAGGCCCGCCACCUGCCCAAGAAUGACAACAACGGGCCCUCGGAUCCGUACGUCAAAGUCAACCUGUACCACGGAAGGAAGCGCGUGUGCAAGAAGAAGACCCACGUUAAGAAGUGCGCCCCCAACCCCGUCUUCAACGAGCUCUUCACCUUCGACCUGCCCUCCGACCAUGGCCCAAGGGACGCCGGCGUGGAACUGCUGCUGAUGGACUCGGACCCGGGGGACUCCCGCUGUCCGAAGCCGGUCCUCGGCCGCCUGCUGAUGGGAAUGACGGCAGCGGGCACCGCCGGCGAGCACUGGCGGGAGAUCUGCGAGCACCCACGGCGCCAAAUUGCCAAGUGGCACGCCAUGUCUGAGGGUUAAGAUGGCGGGAUGUGUGCAAAUCAUUGGACGGUUGGCGCGGGGAGCCUUAUUGUCGUCAAUCUAUCGGUCAUUAGCUCAUCUUGGAAAUUACGAUUAUACCUUGACCCAUUUGCUCAUUUUUCAAGUUACGAGGCAUAGCUUGGUCGAUGCUGUUGCGUGCCAAAAGCAGAACCAUAGCUAUUGCCAACAAUAUCUGCCUUAAAAAUAUCAGACAAUGUUGGAGACAGAUCAAUAGGAUGGAUUUUUAAAAAAACUAAAUAUAUGGAAAUUGCCCAUAUUUGCACAUACAUAUUUGAUGUUGGCAGUACAGUGUAUCUUUUAAUAUGCCCAAAGACUGUUGACCAACGUUCCUGGGUUACAUCAUUGAGGUUGUCAUGGUAAUCGUGUGCCUAAACGUCUCCAUCUCUCGCUUUAAAUUGAGCGUUACUUUUGACCAAAAGCGCCCGCCCCCUCCCCCCCACACACACCAAAAAAAAAAAAAAAAAAAAGGCAUUAAUUUAUCAAAAGGACCAAAUAUGUUGGAUUUGAUUCAUUAGCUGUUUUUAUUCGUCUGGGUGGACUUUUGGACUAUGUUUUGUAAGUGCUAUCUCCUAACAAGCUUAAAUGAGGUAGCGUGAGCUUGGACUGCAGUGGCAAGAGGCGACGCGCCACAGCCGUGCGAAUGUUUGUGCAGAUGUGCGCAACUGCGUGUGUGCGCACAUAUAAUAUUUGUCAGUUUUGUCCCCUUGACUGUGAGCACAAAGACAGCCGAAAUGAAAUGUAAAAUGAAAGUACCUUCAAAUUAAAGGGAUCAAGUUAUGACAA